UUGUCUGCCUCCAUCUGCCUUCCUGGAUUUUGACCUCUUCGCCUGGUUUUUGUCGGCGUGCCGACUCAAAACCUGGAGACUAACUGUGGGUUCGUGUCCCUCGCCCGGAGGACGAAUCCCUCGAGGACUUCCUUGGCUGCUGUCCUCAAGAUCCUGUUCAUUAUCACAGCCAGUAUUUUUGUGAUACCUGAAUUUAAUAAACUCUGUAAACUUUUACAUCCGCCUCCUAGUUCUGCAUUUGGGUUCCGGGUUCGUACUAGCAGCGUUACAAGUGGAAAAAACAAAUAACAAGGUGUUAUCAGUUUCAUGAUCAGAGGUGGAUUCCACAGUACUCGUCCACACCUGUUGGUUUCAGAUAACUGAUGUUUAUAACCGAUGUUUACUGACCCAACACAUUUACCUGGCAGAGCAUGUUUUGUGGAAUCAGAAGGUUUAAUUUACAGAAGUAAACACAAGAACGUUUCCUUGUGAGUCACAGUUCACAAAGGCCGAGGUCCAGACAUGGGUUCCAGUGAAGGGUCAGGUUUCUGGUAAGUUUCCACCUGAUCAGUGGGUGGAGAGCAGAGGAGACUCCGCCUCCAGAGACUACACCGCCUGCUUCCAAACCAUGUCCAUCAUCAGGUCCAAGGUGAGUCCAGUCCACGGAUACAACAGACCCACAUCCACAGACACACAAACACACACAUAUACACAUCAGCAUGUGUUGAAGCUGAUUCCAACCAUUGGCUGCAUUUAGUUUUUGUGUGUGUGUGUGUGAUGGAGCCACACCUUUAGAACCGAACUACAUUUAGACACAAAUAUUUAGGAGAUCUGAGGUCCAACAAAAUGUUAAGGAGUCAAGAAAAGUUUUUCCACCGCUUUAAAAAUAAAAGUGGAUGGAGGUCAGAGCCCUGGGGAACACCUGAGGAGACAGAGGAAUGUAGAUCUGAAAACAGACCCAGCUGAAUAUAAUGAGAGUGAACAGAAGGAUUUAAAGGGAACCAGAGGAGGGCCACUAGAGUCCAGGACCACUAGAGUCCAGGACCAGGAGGUCCUGGACCUGCAUGGACUUUCACCUGGAAUAAAGACAUGAUGGAGUUGAAUCACUGGAAAGAUCAGAGGAGGACGUGGUUGUGUGAUGUGUGUGUUUGUUGUCUGCAGACCCAAACCGCCGUCCAGGUGUACGGAUCCAUGGGCGACGCCCAGACAGCUGAUGGACACCUGAAGAACAAGAGUGAGAAAGAGCCGGCGGCGCCGCAGUCGCCGGAGGCCACCGCCGCCAAACUGAAGCAGAUCCUGGACCGGCUGACACGGACCAGAUCUGACGCCAAGACGCAGAUCCGGGAUCUGGAGGAGGAGCUGGAAAUCCUCAAGAAGAACAACCAGGAGGUGAGUGGAUGCCAUCCCCCAAAACCCGGACCCACAGGACAAACUGAGCAAAGCCACCAGAUGGAGAUGAGGAACCAUCCUGAGAGAGCAGGUUUAAUGACAACAGAAGGACACCACUGCCACAGAUGAGCUGCACCCACCUGGACCAGUUGGACCCAGUCCUAGUGUCUCCUAGACUGUCCAGCUCGAAAACCCUGGGUCCCAGAGCCAUGGGUUCACAUUCCAUAGUGGGACUUGUAGAGCCCGACCGAUAUGGGAGUUUUGGGGCAGAUACCGAUAGUGGGGGCAAAAAAAAAAGCCAAGAGCCGAUAUAUCGGCCGAUAUAUGAAAUAAGAGGAUUGAUAUACGCAGGAUAUUUACUGUACAUGAUCAUAAAUUCUGAUAAUAACCAACAUAUGGUUCAACACUAAGAAGCAGAAGACUACUAAAUUAAAACUAGACAAUUUCCACACAUGGAAAUCGUGAGAGGGGCUUGGGGGGGGGGGGCACACCGUCGGUUCCAUUCUGAGGUUGUUAACGACAACAGGUCCUGCUCGCAAUCGCAAGGUCACGUCCACAUCAAGGCCCAAGCGGCGCACAGCCGAGGCAAAUUUCCAGGACCACAAGAUGGCGCUAUGAAUCAGAUUCAAUAUCGCUGCGUCAUUUUGUUCGAGGCAAGAACAACAUCAACCAGGUCAAGCUUGGUGCUGAUCGGACCAAAAAUUACUGACUUACCGUGCAGGACUACUAGGUGGCACUGUGGGCCAGAUUCAGUAUUUUGUUCAGAGCGGGAGCAAUAUUAACCACAUCAAGUUUGGUGCUGAUCGGACAAAAAAUGACCGAGUUACCGUGCAGGACCACUAGGUGGCAGUGCUCAGCCAGAUUCAGUAUUAUUUCAUUCAGGGAAGUACUAACGUACACCAGGUCAAGUCUGGUGGAGAUCGGACCAAAAAUUACUGAGUUACCAUAGGGGACCACUAAGUGGCAGUAUGAGCCUGAUUUAGUAUCAUUUCAUUUAAGGCUAGACUAACAUCAGCAGGUCAAGUUUGGUGCUGAUUGGACCAAAAAUGACAGAGUUACCGUGCAGGACCACUAGGUGGCAGCAUCAGUCUAAUUUAGUAUCAUUUCAUUCAGUCAGUAUUUACAGCUGCCCCCCCUUCUUAAAUUCUACCUCUACCCCUGCACCAAUGGAAUGUGACUCCAAUGACCCUUAAUGACCUGUUGUUGCCACGGUGACGUUCAGGCUGUUAGGGGGGAGUGUGCUUGGAGUGUGCUCAGACUGCAGAGAGACAGGCAGAAAGAGCUGUGGAAUAGGUCCCAAACAUCUGCUCAUUACUGAAAAACCGUAAAAGAUAGGUGAAAACUAAAAUGAUCAUGACUGACACGAAGAGCUCUGGAACACAGAUGUGUUUUUCUUCCUUGUACUGUGAGAAAUGACCGAAUUACAGCAGUGUAAAAACAGUGAACUUAUCAGGAAAACAACACGGCACCUAAUAAUGCCAUUUCAUCUUGUGUGUUUAAAAGUUUGUGUUCAUCUUUCUUUGAAAAGAAGUUGGUCAGAACUUGACUUCCUUCAUUUUGCCUUCUCUCCCUUUUCUUUCCUUUCUUAUCUGAAAUCCUGACUUAUUUUUUUAAAACUGUGACAUCAUGAUAAGAUUUCUUCUAUCAUAGAGAUGCAGAAUACAAUUAUAUACCAAUUUAUAAAAUCUAAUGUGUGAAGCUUGCACAUAGGUCCAUAUUUAUCAUAUAAUUUAGUUGAACAACAGGAAAAAAAAAACUUUAACAAAAAAAUCUUAACUUCCCAUGGGCCCCCCUCUCCCUUGGGCCC